AAGAUUUGGCUGGGUGAUGAUGAUGGCUAAGUAAAUCAAAUAUAGUAUGCUAAUAAUUAUUAUAAUAAUUGCAAUUAGCAAAGGCAGGUGAACGUGAACCCCACUCCCUUUCCCAUUCCCACCCAGGUAAGGUAAGGUGUGUGUGUCCUUACUUUUUGUGCUCUUUUCUAACAAUAAUAUCAUCACCCCAUUUUUGGGAAAAUUUCAUUUCUAUUUCAUAGUGUAAUAUUUUUUCAUUCUUCAGACCAACCGACAUAACACACACACAUACUGCUUAGAAGUUAGAUGCUACAUAGUACACCAGUACAUAGAUAGAUACACUUUGCGUGUCUUUAAGUUUUCCAUUUUCUCAUAAUACUUGAACAAAAUGCAUUUCAUAAAUGGAACUGUUUAGUUUACAAUUUUUAUAUAUGAUGAUGAUGAAUUUGUUUUAUUAUUAUUGGGUGUUGGUGUUGGUGGUGGUUGUGCUCCCCUAUUAUUUGGGAGUCAAAGGAGUUUAUUCAAAUUCAACAACUAUUUCAAAUGUCUCAUUUUCAAGACCCUCCGUUGUAAAUAUUGGUGCUAUCUUCACCUUUGAUUCCUCCAUUGGUAAAGUUGCUAAACUUGCCAUGGAACAAGCUGUUAUAGAUGUCAACUCUAAUUCCUCCAUUCUUCAUUCAACUCAACUUGUUCUUCAUAUGCAAACUUCCAAUUGUAGUGGUUUUGAUGGCAUGAUUCAAGCUUUGCGGUUCAUGGAGACGGAUGUAAUUGCUAUAUUGGGACCACAAUCUUCUGUAGUUUCUCACAUAGUAUCCCAUGUUGCAAACGAGCUUCGUGUUCCUAUGUUGUCAUUUGCAGCAACAGACCCUACACUCUCGUCUUUGCAAUUCCCUUUCUUUGUCAGGACGACACUAAGCGAUUCGUACCAAAUGACAGCUGUUUCUGAAAUAAUUGAUUUUUAUGGAUGGAAGGAAGUUAUUGCUAUUUAUGUAGAUGAUGAUUAUGGACGAAACGGUGUGUCUGCGUUAGAUGAUGCGUUAGCAAGGAGGCGUUGUAGAAUCUCCUAUAAGGCAGGAAUCAAAUCAGGACCUGAUGUUGAUAGAAAUGAAAUCACCAAUUUGCUUGUGAGUGUCGCAAUGAUGCAGUCUAGGGUUAUUGUUGUUCAUACACAUUCUAAUUCUGGAUUUAUGAUCUUCAAAGUUGCGCGAUAUCUUGGGAUGAUGCAGGAGGGUUAUGUCUGGAUAGCCACAGAUUGGCUUUCCACUGUUAUAGAUUCUGGGUCUCUUCAUUCAGAGACAAUGGAUACUCUGCAAGGUGCGCUUGUUUUGCGCCAGCAUACACCCGAUACUGAUAGGAAGAAAGCGUUUUUAUCCAGGUGGAACAAGUUAACCGGUGGUUCCUUGGGGCUAAAUUCUUAUGGCCUCCAUGCUUAUGACUCUGUUUGGCUCGUUGCACAGGCUAUUGAUAAAUUUUUUAGUCAGGGUGGGGUCGUUUCGUGUACCAAUUACACAAGUUUGCAUGAUGAUAAGGGAAAGGGAGGUGGUCUUAACCUUGAUGCCAUGAGCAUAUUUGACAAUGGAACACUUCUGUUGAAAAACAUAUUGCAGAGUGAUUUUGUUGGAUUAUCAGGUCCAUUGAAAUUUGAUUCAGAAAAAUCUCCUUAUCGUCCUGCCUAUGACAUCAUUAAUGUUGUUGGAAAUGGUGUUCGUCGAGUUGGCUACUGGUCUAACUAUUCUGGUCUGUCAAUUGUAUCUCCUGAGACGUUGUAUGCUAACCCACCUAAUAGAUCAAGUGCAAACCAGCACCUUCACACUGUGAUAUGGCCCGGAGAAACAUUAUCCAGGCCCCGUGGAUGGGUCUUCCCAAAUAAUGGCAAACAAUUGAGAAUUGGUGUGCCUAUUAGAGCCAGUUUCCGUGAAUUUGUCUCACCGGUGAAGGGAACUGAUAAUUUUAAAGGGUUUUGCAUUGAUGUAUUUAUAGCAGCUGUAAACUUGUUACCAUAUGCCAUUCCUUAUCGAUUUGUGCCAUUCGGAGAUGGCCUAAAAAAUCCAAGCUACACAGGACUUGUCAACUUAAUAACCGCUGGUGUUUUAGAUGGUGCUAUUGGUGACAUUGCUAUUGUCACAAACCGGACCAGGAUUGUAGAUUUUACACAGCCAUAUGCUGCAUCUGGACUUGUUGUGGUUGCCCCUUUUAAGAAGAUCAAUUCCGGCGGUUGGUCUUUCUUGCAGCCGUUCACUCCUUUUAUGUGGAUUGUGACUGCUUGUUUCUUUUUCUUCGUCGGGAUAGUUGUAUGGAUUUUGGAACACAGGAUAAAUGAUGAGUUCAGGGGUCCACCUAAACAACAAAUUAUAACCAUAUUAUGGUUUAGUCUGUCGACUCUAUUUUUUUCCCACAGAGAGAAUACAAUGAGUACUCUUGGUCGUGGUGUGGUACUCAUAUGGUUGUUUGUGGUUUUGAUCAUUAAUUCCAGCUACACUGCAAGUUUAACAUCCAUACUCACGGUGCAGCAGUUAUCUUCAUCUAUCACCGGAAUAGAUAGUUUAAAAGCUAGUGAUGAACCUAUAGGGUUCCAGGUAGGUUCAUUUGCGGAACGUUACUUGACUGAAGAUCUUGGAAUAUCCAAAUCUAGACUGAUUCCCCUUGGUUCGCCAGAAGAAUAUGCCAAGUCACUUCAGCUUGGUCCUAAGAAAGGAGGUGUCGCUGCUAUUAUAGAUGAACGACCCUAUGUUGAAAUAUUCUUAUCAACCCAAUGCACAUUCAGGAUUGUAGGUCAAGAGUUCACCAGAAGUGGGUGGGGUUUUGCAUUCCCUCGGGACUCUCCUUUAGCGGUGGAUUUGUCAACUGCUAUUCUACAACUUUCAGAAACUGGUGAUCUGCAGCGGAUUCAUGAUAAGUGGAUGACGCGAAGCAGCUGUAGUUUAGACAAUACCGAAAUUGAGUCAGAUCGACUUCAACUCAAAAGUUUUUGGGGUCUAUUCAUCAUUUGUGGGAUGGCUUGCUUUAUUGCUCUUGUCAUACAUUUUUUGCAGAUUAUGUUACAGUUAAGGCAUUCGGCUCCUUCUGAACCAGGUUCUAAUGUUGGCCCAAUUCGAAGAUUUCUUUCACUCGUUGAUGAGAAGGAAAGUCCAUCAAGGAGUGAAAGAAGAAAGAGGAACGGAGACGAAAUAUCAGCUGAAGAUCAGCUUGGAAGACAACCAAAGAGGCUACAAAGAGUAACAGCAGCAUAGUUCAAAUCAAACAAUAUACCUUUUGAUGCCUUUGUGUUUAUGUCUGUACAAAUUCCAUUGAUUCUAGUUCUAGUUAUUCUAGUUAUAGCAUUAUACUUCUUACACGAUAUAACUUGGAAGUUUUUCAGGGAAUGUUACCUGAUUUACUUGUACUAUUACAUUCAAUAUGGGCUAUAAAACAUAGACCAAACCAUCUUCAAUAGUUAGCACAAAUUUAAAUACCAAUAAGAAUGUAUAUUUGUAGUGAG